UCAUCGUCUACACCCGCCGGACUCUCUGGAUUAGUAGCAGCAAGGCAAUUGAUUUUUCUAGGGUUUAAAGUCGUGGUUCUAGAAGGCAGAUCCCGACCAGGCGGUCGUGUUCGCACGAAGAAAAUGUCAGCUGGCGUUUGUGUCGCUGCAGCAGAUCUAGGCGGCAAUGUACUCACCGAAAUCAAUGGCAAUCCUCUCGGCGUUCUAGCUCGACAACUAGGGUUUCCUCUUCACAAAGUUAGAGACAUUUGCCCUCUUUAUCUCCCCAAUGGAAGAACUGUAAACCCUGAAAUCGAUUCAAAAGUUGAAGUUUCCUUCAAUAAACUCCUGGAUAGCGUCUGUAAGCUCCGACAAUCAAUGAUGGAGGAAGCAAAAUCCAUUGGCGUUCCAUUAGGUACAGCUCUAGAAGCUUUCCGACAAGUUUAUAGAGUAGCAGAAGACCCACAAGAGAAAAUUCUCCUAGAUUGGCUCUUAGCUAAUCUAGCAUACGCAAAUGCAACAUUAAUAUCAAAUCUCUCUAUGGUUUUCUGGGAUCAAGAUGAUCCGUUUGAAAUGGGUGGUGAUCAUUGCUUCAUUUUAGGAGGAAACGAUCUGUUCAUCAGAGCAUUAUCCGAAAACCUUCCUAUUUUCUACAAUCAAACAGUCGAACACAUCAAAUAUGGAUCUAAUGGCGUCUCAAUCUCUGCAAACGGACAAGAUUAUCAUGCAGAUAUGGUUCUCUGUACAGUUCCAUUAGGCGUGCUAAAGAAGAAAUCAAUCGAAUUCAUCCCCGAUCUUCCUGAAAGAAAGAAAGAUGCAAUUGAUAGAUUAGGUUUCGGGUUAUUAAACAAAGUAGCCAUCUUCUUUCCUUACGAUUUCUGGGGAGGCGAGAUUGAUACAUUCGGUCAUCUAUCUAAUAAAUCAAGUAUGAAAGGUGAGUUCUUUUUAUUCUAUUAG